CAUCCUCUCGCUUGUCCUGGGAGACUGUUUUGCGCGAGUCCUUGGAGCUUUCAAGAUGAGUGAUAAUCAACCCCUUGCUCAACCCUCGGGCUCCUCGGAUGUCCCCAUUGAAGGCCCUCCGGUCAAAAGACCCUGCACCAUCGACACGCCACCCAUCGCCUUGACGCCAGCCGACGAUGGAAGUGACUUUUACAAUACGCCUUUGGCUGCAGGGACGCCAGCAGAAACCGGCGCUGCCAAGGACCAGGCCGAUCUGUCUCAAACUCAGGCCAACGAGUCGGACGCCGCCUCAAAUGCCCACCCACUGAUUCCAGGAUUGAACCUGGUCAAUGACAGUCUCAAAGAUCUGCAGCCAGAGGAGGUCGAAUCACAGAGCACCACAACCUUGGCCGGUGAGCACGAGGGUACUGCUCCUGCCAACCAGCAUGCAACUGCACCAGCAGAGCCUGAGAAGGUGGAGCAGACCAAGGAAGAGCCUGCUGUGGGAGGCACAGACGCGAUGGAGGUGGACGCCAGCGAGAAACAGGAGACCCAACAGUCAGGAAAUGCAACCGGGAUCGAAAGUGCAAGCGCCCCUGGGGAGGCAUCUGCCACGAAUGGCGCGGAAGAUGCCCAGGACGAAGAGGACGAUGAGCACCCCGAGUGGGAAAUUGAUUCCUCUCCCUACGAAUCCUCCUCCGAUGACUCUUCCACCGAUUCCUCCGACGACAGCGACGAUGACGACGAAGAUUACCCCAUUCUGAGCCCCGAAGAACAAGCGCGGAUCUUGAUGCAGGCGGAACUCGGCUCCGACGACGAAGGAGACGGAAAGGGUAAAUCAGGUGGUCACCUCCGAACGGCGAACGAAGUCGAUGAAGAAGCGCCCCCGAUCCCCGAAAUCACCAUCACGCCCGAGAUGAAGGUUGUGCUUCUGGGUCAUGUGGAGGCAAUUGUCGAGAACACCCUCCUGAUCGCUGCCAACACGACCGGCGAGUACCAGGUGCUUGAAGCCGGCUCGCUCCUUUGCCUGGAGAACCGGACCGUCGCCGGCGUGGUUUGCGAGACGCUUGGAAGGGUUGAGAACCCGCUAUAUGCCGUUCGGUAUCCGACUGCUGCCACCAUCACCGAGCGUGGCCUGUCCAAGGGCACCAACGUGUUCUACGUCGUCGAACACUCUACCUUCGUCUUCACUCAACCUCUCAAGGGCAUGAAGGGAAGCGAUGCAUCGAACUUCCACGACGAGGAAAUCGCCGAAGACGAGGUUGAAUUCUCCGACGACGAAGCCGAAGCAGAGUACAAGCGCAAGCUGAAGCAAAAACGCCAGGAGAAGAAGGACGCCCGGAACGAGAACGGUCCCGCCAGAGGCAGAAGAGGUCCCCCGGGCCCCUCCAAGCUCAACCAAAGCGAGCUGAACUACGACGACAACCCAGCUGACGAUGGAUAUACACCGCUGGCCCGCCCCAAGAACCUGCACGAGAUGAUGCGCCAACAGGAAGCCCCCGUUGAAGCCGAUGGCCACUCCGGCCCGAGCAGAAACAACUCCGGCUUCCGUGGCGGUAGAGGUCGUGGUCGAGGAUCUGACCGCGGCCGGGGUGGCCGUGGCCGCGGAGGAGGCACCGGAGCAAGGGACUCUCACGAACCGGCUUCGCAUCAAGACCGUCAACCAUACUACCAACAUCAGCACCAGCAGCACCAAGCACAGACCCCUCAACCUCAGCAACACCACCCCUACCCCCAGCAAGCGUAUCCCACGGCCCAGCAAGGCGGUUACGCUCUCCCUCAACAAUUCCCCUUCGCACCCUUCCAGCCCCAACAACCUCAGCCCUACGGCCAAGGUGCAGUGCCAGCACCGUUCAAUUUCCAAAUGCCCUUCCAGCAGGCCUACCAACAACCCAACCCAUACCAGCAGCUUCCUGCUAAUGUGCAUAUCAACCCUCUGUUCCUGGCUGCUCUUCAGCAACAGCAACAACAACAGCAGCAGCAGCAGCAACAGCAGCAACAGCCCCAGCAAGCGCCGGGACAACAACCGCAACAGCCUACCAUGAACUUUGACCAGGUGAAGGCGCAGUUGGACCUUUUGCGGCAACUAAGCAACAAUAACCAGGGGCCGCCUCGUUCGUGAUGAUAUGAUAUGAUUCGCUGGAAUUGGUCGCUAUUGUUCAGUCGCUGUUAUUAUAUACUUUCCUUUUCUUUCUAGUCAUGGGUUCGGUUGCAUAUUAGGAGCUGGGCAUCGCUUUCGGAUGGGUAAUAAAAAGUUACGCUACUGCUUCCUCUAGAUCUUCACAAUCUGGCACAUGUACAGUGUUAUAGCCUCACUACCGGAAUUAUUGUGGGAGGUGUC